AUGUUUAUCGGACAAUUGGCACAGCAGCUUGGGUUUUGCCGGACCCGUAUCUAUGAUAUUGAACUUAUUAUUGAUGAAGUCUGUAGCAACGCCAUCGAACACGGCUCAGAAACCCCUGAUUCAGGAAUUGAUUUGACCCUCAUGUUCGAUUCAAACAAAUUAGAGAUUCAUGUUCGAGACAAAGGCAAAUCUGUACGGAAGAAUUGGCUGGCAACAGGGAGGCUAGAUGAAGUUUCUCAAAAGAUGACCCUGACGGUGAACGUGGACACGGCAUCUUUCUCGCGGAAAAGCUCUCAGACUCCCUCGAAAUACUGA